AUGCAACCAACACCUCGCGCCUCGACGCCAGCGAGCUCGACGACCAGUCUCGACAUCUUGCCGCAGAGGGAGCUUAUCAAGCUGCCACGCUGCGUCCUCUUGGGUCACUGGAGCGCGAGAACGAAGGCGUUGUCUGAGGAGCUCAACAGAGGCGGGAAGGUAUACCUCUUUGCGGCAGUGACGGAUCUGCGAGAUGCGCUGGUCGUGCUGAACGCCGCGAUUCCUCCAGCCGACACCUUCCUCGUCUCCUCCCUUUUCGACCCCGACGACGUCCGAGAAGCCCUGAUCGAGUACGAACGCCCCAUCGACCUCAUCUUCGCGCCAAAAGACUACAUGAACAUCCACGGCAUCAUUCAAAGCGCGCGGUGGGUCGAGGAGCAGGUCGAGAACAAGGCCUAUGCGCAACGACAUGCGGUGUCGACGGGCGCGUUCUUGCAGGGUGGGAGUCGCUCGCCUAUUCUCGACACGGGCUCGCUCGACCCGAGUCUGGAUCCGACGAUUGCGGCGCCAUAG